CGGCCUGGGGGAAGUCGCUUUCAUUCUCUUCGGCAGAUACUUUAUUUAUUUUUCAUCUUUCCUCAGAUUACAUGUAGGUUUUUGGUUGAAGCCGUGGAACAAAUUUCAUAACCAGGUUCAAACUUUCCUGCUGACCUAGCUGUGUGACUGUGGUCAGGUUAGUUUCAUGUAUCAGUUUCCUCAAUCAUAAAACUUGUGAUAAUACUGAUAUUUAUAUUCUAGGUUGUUGAGAAGAUUCAAAGACAUGACGUCUACUAAGUGCUUAGCAGAGGUCCCGGGGGAUAGUAUAUGCUCAGUCUUUUAUUGCUGCUGCCUCUGUUAUUCCUGGAACAUUGCUAAACACCCUCCCAUGUUCCCUUCUGUCACCAACACUUCCUGCUGCCCAGCUGGGCCUCCAGCAAAGGGAGACACCAGCUCAUAGAGCUAGAUCAUGCCCAGUCUUGUAUGUGGGCACUGCGGAGGCCCCUCCUUCCCUUAGCAACAGACGCCGAGACUUGGUUACUGUGCCCAGUGCCUGCAUACAAGCACUGCCAGCGUUAGAGUCCAGGCAGGAGGAGGGAGAACAGUUCGGGCUGCCAGGAUGUUGUUUGGAGGGGUGAGUCUCCCUCUUCUCUGUUUUAAUAUGUAACUCUGCUUCAGUCUUUCCUCUGCAGUGAACUCAAUGUGUUUCUGGAAAAUUUCCAAGAGAGAAGCACUUGAGGGAAAGGAAGCGUGGCCACCGCUGGGGAAGUAGGAACCAGAGCUAAAAGCGCAGCAGAAACACAGUGCUGUCCCCUUAUCUCUAGCUUCCCUUUCUCUCCUCUUCUACCAGGGAACUCCUCAAGGGGCCAAAGUCUAUGACCUCAGAGAGGGAGCCUCAUGAACAGAGCUUUCAGAACAUCUGGAAAGUUCCAUUGUUGGUGUCAUCCCCAUUAUGCUAUAAGGAAGUGUGAAUUUCAAAGCAACUGGAUAGGAGAGGCACAUCCCUGGAGAAGCUGAGAGCUCUUCAUUCAUUUUUAAAAAAUAGCUACAAUUAGAGUGGACACCAUGGGUGACAUGGAUUGCUCAUGUCAGAAGAUCGCCAGAAGUGACUCCAUACAUCACAUGAGCCACUCCCAGGGGCAGCCAGAACUGCCCCCUCUGCCUGCUUCUGCUAAUGAGGAACCGUCUGGGCUCUAUCAGACGAUCAUGUCACACAGCUUUUACCCGCCCUUGAUGCAACGCACAUCAUGGACCUUGGCUGCACCCUUCAAAGAGCAGCAUCACCACCGUGGACCCAGUGAUUCCAUCGCCAACAACUACUCCUUGAUGGCCCAGGACCUGAAGCUGAAAGACCUGCUGAAGGUGUACCAACCGGCCACCGUCAAUGUCCCUAGGGACAGGACCGGUCAGGGGCUGCCAUCAUCAGCAAAUAAAAGCUCAUCAGAGCCCAUGAGGAAGAAAACGAAGUUUUCCUCCAGAAACAAAGAGAAUUCCACUAGGAUCAAUUUGGCCUUUAAGACGUCAAUCUUCUCACCCAUGAAGAAGGAGGGAAAGCCAUCUUUGACGUUCCCAGGAAGCAGACCAAUGAGUCCAGAACAGCAGCUCGAUGUCAUGUUACAGCAGGAGAUGGAAAUGGAAAGUAAAGAAAAGAAGCCCUCUGAAUCGGACCUGGAGAGAUAUAAUUACUAUCUGACCAAUGGAAUUCGCAAAGACAUGAUUGCCCCUGAGGAGGGUGAAGUGAUGGUUCGGAUUUCAAACCUGAUUUCUAACACGCUGCUGACAAGUCCCUUCCUGGAGCCCCUGAUGGUGGUCCUCGUGCAGGAGAAGGAGAAUGACUAUUACAGUAGCCUCAUGAAAAGCAUCGUUGAUUACAUCCUCAUGGACCCAAUGGAGAGAAAACGGCUCUUUAUUGAGAGCAUUCCCCGCUUGUUUCCUCAAAGAGUGAUCCGGGCCCCUGUGCCCUGGCACAGUGUCUACAGGAGCGCCAAGAAGUGGAACGAGGAGCAUCUGCACACGGUGAACCCCAUGAUGCUCAGGCUGAAAGAACUGUGGUUUGCAGAAUUCAGAGACCUCAGGUUUGUUCGAACAGCAGAAAUACUAGCGGGAAAAUUGCCUCUGCAGCCUCAGGAAUAUUGGGAUGUGAUCCAGAAACACUGCCUGGAGGCGCACCAGACUCUUCUCAACAAGUGGAUCCCCACCUGUGCCCAGCUUUUUACCUCACGGAAGGAGUACUGGGUUCAUUUCGCCCCUAAGAGCAACUAUGACUCCUGUCGAAACAUUGAGGAAUAUUUUGCUUCUGUGGCAUCAUUCAUGUCGCUGCAGCUCAGGGAGCUGGUCAUUAAGUCGCUUGAGGACCUCGUUUCACUUUUCAUGAUACACAAAGAUGGGAAUGAUUUUAAGGAGCCCUACCAAGAGAUGAAGUUUUUCAUACCUCAGCUAAUCAUGAUCAAACUUGAAGUCAGUGAACCCAUUAUUGUCUUCAAUCCAUCUUUUGAUGGCUGCUGGGAAUUAAUACGUGACUCUUUCCUGGAAAUUAUUAAGAACUCUAAUGGGAUCCCCAAGGUGGAAUCUGUCCUGUUCCCAGAGCUGAAAGGAUAUAAUCUGAUCCUUGGAACUGUUAAUGCAGAAGAAAAACUUUUUUCUGAUUUUUUGAGUCAAACUUUCAAGGUAUUUCAGAAAAAUCAAGUUGGCCCCCGCAAAUAUUUAAAUGUCUACAAAAUGUAUGAUGACUUACUGGAUAACACAGCAGAACAAAACAUCGCUGCGUUCCUGAAAGAAAAUCACGACAUUGAUGAUUUUGUGAUGAAGAUCAAUGCCAUAAAGAAACGGAGAAAUGAAAUUGCAUCCAUGCACAUCACCGUGCCUUUAGCCAUGUUCUGCCUUGACGCUACGGCCCUAAAUUACGAUCUCUGUGAGCGAGCUCAAAAUCUUAAAGAACAUCUGAUUCAAUUCCAAGUGGAUGUAAACCGAGACACCAAUACCAGCAUUUGUAAUCAGUACAGCCACAUUGCAGACAAAGUCAGUGAGGUUCCUGCCAACACUAAGGAGCUGGUAUUCCUCAUUGAAUUCCUAAAGAAAUCCAGUGAUGUCACUGUGUUCAAACUCAGGAGGCAACUUAGAGAUGCAAGUGAACGGCUGGAGUUCCUGAUGGACUAUGCAGACCUGCCACAUGAGGACAUCAAAUUGAACAGCACUCUGUUCCUCUGGCCAGACCAGAUUGAAGAUAUCUUUGAAAACAGCCGGAACUUGCUCCUUCACAAGAGGGAUCAGGCAGAAAUGGAUCUGAUUAAAAGGUACCGGGAGAGUCUGGGAUUGUUUUGGAAAUUGAUCAAUAAGGAGGAAGAACUAUUGGAAAAGGAGAAGAGUACCUACCCUCUUCUGCAGGCCAUGCUGACGAACAAAGUGCCUUAUGAGCAACUGUGGUCGACAGCCUAUGAGUUCAGCACCAAGUCGGAGGAAUGGAUGAAUGGACCCCUCUUCUUACUGAAUGCUGAGCAAAUUGCAGAGGAGAUAGGGAAUAUGUGGAGGACAACGUAUAAACUGAUCAAGACCUUAUCUGAUGUGCCUGCACCCAGGCGCUUAGCAGAGAAUUUGAAGAUCAAGAUCGAUAAGUUCAAGCAGUACAUUCCCAUCCUCAGUAUUUCCUGCAACCCAGGAAUGAAAGACCGGCACUGGCAGCAGAUCAGUGAGAUUGUCGGCUAUGAGAUAAAGCCCACCGAAACGACCUGCCUCUCAAAUAUGCUCGAAUUUGGAUUCGGCAAAUUCGUUGAAAAAUUGGAGCCCAUUGGUGCAGCCGCCAGCAAGGAAUACUCUCUGGAGAAAAACUUGGAUAAAAUGAAGUUAGACUGGGUUAACGUGACAUUCAGCUUCGUGAAAUACAGAGACACUGAUACAAGCAUCUUGUGUGCAGUUGAUGACAUUCAAAUGCUACUCGAUGAUCACGUGAUAAAGACCCAGACCAUGUGUGGCUCCCCAUUCGUCAAACCAAUAGAAACAGAAUGCCGGAAAUGGGAAGAAAAGCUAAUUCGCAUACAAGACAAUUUGGAUGCCUGGUUGAAAUGCCAAGCCACCUGGCUGUACCUGGAACCAAUCUUCAGUUCGGAGGACAUCAUAGCCCAGAUGCCAGAAGAGGGGAGGAAAUUUGGCAUUGUUGAUAGUUACUGGAAAUCACUUAUGUCUCAAGCGGUGAAAGAUAACAGGGUUCUGGUGGCAGCCGACCAGCCACGGAUGGCCGAGAAGCUUCAAGAAGCCAACUUUCUCUUGGAGGACAUCCAGAAAGGGCUGAAUAAUUACUUGGAGAAGAAGAGACUAUUCUUCCCCAGGUUCUUCUUCCUAUCAAAUGAUGAGCUACUGGAAAUCUUGUCUGAGACAAAGGACCCUCUCCGAGUGCAGCCGCACUUGAAGAAGUGCUUUGAAGGAAUUGCCAAGCUCGAGUUUAUAGACAAUCUGGAAAUUGUAGGUAUGAUCAGCUCAGAAAAAGAAACUGUUCCAUUCAUCCAGAAAAUCUACCCAGCUAAUGCCAAGGUAACUCCUCUUACCCAUUUUUGGCAUGCGGUGGAAGAGUGGCUCCAGCAGGUGGAGCAGAUGGAUCUUCGGCCAAUAUGCGAGACGUCAUUGGACUUGGAAUUGAGCAUAUGUAAAGGUAAACAAGCAAAUCAGGAGUACACGUUGCCGGGACACCCUAGUGCACUAAAGAGAACAUUGGGGAGAAGUUCAUGUAUCAGUAGUCUCAGUUCUGGAGCUCUGCCUUCUACCAAAACCUGUCCCUCUGCACCUCUCUUUCCUUUACCUGUGAACCCUGGGGCAAUGAACCUACUCCUGGUCGCUCGAAAUCACUGGGUCUUACAGUGGCCUGGACAGGUGGUUAUCUGUGUCUCCUCCAUCUUUUGGACCCAGGAGGUGUCCCAAGCCCUGGUGGAAAAUACCUUACCGAAUUUUCUGAAAAAGAGCAAUGAUCAGAUUGCACAGAUUGUCCAGCUGGUGCGAGGGAAGCUGAGCAGUGGAGCUCGACUCACGCUCGGGGCCCUCACAGUCAUCGAUGUCCACGCCCGCGAUGUGGUGGCCAAGUUAAUUGAGGACAGGGUCUCUGAUCUGAAUGAUUUCCAGUGGAUCUCACAGUUGCGCUACUACUGGGUGGCCCAGGAUGUACAGGUGCAGAUCAUCACCACAGAAGCCUUGUAUGGCUAUGAGUACCUGGGAAACUCCCCUCGGCUGGUGAUCACACCCCUCACAGACCGCUGCUACAGGACACUGAUGGGAGCUUUGAAGCUGAACCUUGGGGGUGCUCCAGAGGGUCCAGCUGGGACUGGCAAGACAGAAACCACCAAAGAUUUGGCCAAAGCCUUGGCUAAGCAGUGCGUGGUCUUCAACUGCUCCGAUGGUUUGGAUUACAAAGCUAUGGGGAAGUUCUUCAAGGGGCUGGCACAGGCUGGAGCAUGGGCGUGCUUUGAUGAAUUCAACAGGAUCGAGGUGGAAGUGCUGUCUGUGGUCGCUCAGCAGAUCCUCAGCAUCCAACAAGCCAUCAUUCGGAAGCUAAAGAUGUUCAUCUUUGAAGGCACUGAGCUCUCUCUGAACCCAACAUGUGCUGUGUUCAUCACCAUGAACCCCGGCUAUGCUGGCAGGGCUGAACUGCCUGACAACCUCAAGGCCUUGUUCCGGACAGUGGCCAUGAUGGUGCCAGAUUACGCCCUCAUUGGAGAAAUCUCCCUCUACUCCAUGGGGUUUCUGGACUCCAGAAGUCUUGCCCAGAAGAUCGUUGCAACCUACCGCCUGUGCUCGGAACAACUGUCCUCUCAGCAUCACUAUGACUACGGCAUGCGUGCUGUCAAGUCUGUGCUUACUGCUGCAGGAAACCUGAAGCUCAAGUACCCAGAGGAGAACGAAAGUGUCCUGUUGCUCCGGGCAUUGCUUGAUGUCAACCUGGCCAAGUUCUUAGCGCAAGAUGUCCCUCUGUUUCAGGGAAUUAUAUCUGAUUUAUUUCCUGGAGUUGUUCUUCCAAAGCCAGACUAUGAAGUUUUUCUGAAAGUGCUGAAUGAUAACAUCAUAAAGAUGAAACUCCAGCCAGUACCUUGGUUUAUAGGGAAAAUUAUCCAGAUCUACGAAAUGAUGCUGGUGAGACAUGGUUACAUGAUUGUGGGAGACCCCAUGGGCGGCAAGACCUCUGCUUAUAAAGUGUUGGCUGCAGCUCUCGGCGAUUUACACGCAGCCAAUCAGAUGGAGGAGUUUGCUGUGGAGUACAAGAUCAUCAACCCCAAGGCUAUCACGAUGGGGCAGCUGUAUGGGUGCUUUGACCAAGUGAGCCACGAGUGGACGGAUGGUGUCCUUGCCAAUGCUUUCCGGGAGCAAGCGUCUUCACUCUCUGAUGAUCGCAAGUGGAUUAUCUUUGAUGGGCCGGUGGAUGCUGUCUGGAUUGAAAAUAUGAACACUGUUCUGGAUGACAAUAAAAAGCUGUGUCUCAUGAGUGGAGAAAUUAUCCAGAUGAACUCCAAGAUGAGCCUGAUCUUCGAGCCGGCCGACCUCGAGCAGGCCUCUCCAGCCACUGUGAGCAGGUGUGGAAUGAUCUACAUGGAGCCCCAUCAGCUAGGCUGGAAGCCUCUGAAGGAUUCCUACAUGGACACCCUGCCCUCCAGUCUCACUGAGGAGCACAAGGAAUUGGUCAAUGACAUGUUCAUGUGGCUUGUCCAGCCCUGCCUGGAAUUUGGUCGCCUUCAUUGUAAAUUUGUUGUCCAAACGUCUCCCAUCCACCUUGCCUUCUCAAUGAUGAGACUGUACUCUUCUCUGCUUGAUGAAAUCAGGGCAGUAGAAGAGGAGGAAAUGGAAUUAGGUGAAGGCCUGUCAAGUCAACAAAUCUUUCUCUGGCUCCAAGGACUGUUUCUCUUUUCCUUGGUGUGGACCGUGGCUGGCACCAUCAAUGCAGACAGCAGAAAGAAAUUUGAUGUGUUUUUCCGCAACCUGAUCAUGGGCAUGGAUGAUAACCACCCAAGGCCCAAAAGCGUCAAACUCACCAAAAACAACACCUUUCCAGAAAGAGGAAGCAUCUAUGAUUUUUAUUUCAUCAAACAAGCUGGUGGACAUUGGGAAAUGUGGACACAGUAUAUCACCAAAGAGGAGGAAAAAAUUCCAGCUGGUGCAAAGGUCUCAGAACUCAUCAUCCCCACAAUGGAGACAGCCCGGCAGUCCUUCUUCUUGAAAACCUACUUAGACCAUGAGAUUCCAACGCUGUUUGUGGGCCCCACAGGCACUGGCAAGUCAGCCAUCACCAACAACUUCCUUCUCCACCUUCCCAAGAAUAUGUACCUGCCCAACUGCCUCAAUUUCUCUGCCAGAACCUCAGCCAAUCAGACCCAGGAUAUCAUCAUGUCCAAGCUGGAUCGACGACGGAAGGGCCUUUUCGGGCCUCCCAUAGGGAAGAAAGCAGUGGUGUUUGUGGAUGACCUCAACAUGCCAGCCAAAGAGGUGUAUGGGGCCCAGCCCCCCAUCGAGCUCCUGAGGCAGUGGAUUGACCACGGUUACUGGUUUGACAAGAAAGACACAACCAGGCUGGACAUCGUGGACAUGCUGCUCGUGACAGCCAUGGGGCCCCCCGGGGGAGGAAGGAAUGACAUUACUGGACGAUUCACUCGCCAUAUGAAUAUCGUUUCCAUCAAUGCCUUUGAGGAUGACAUUUUAACCAAGAUUUUCAGUUCGAUUGUUGACUGGCACUUCGGGAAAGGGUUUGAUGUGAUGUUCUUAAGGUAUGGAAAGAUGCUGGUCCAAGCUACUAAGACAAUUUAUAGAGAGGCAGUGGAGAACUUCUUGCCAACUCCCUCUAAGUCACAUUACGUCUUUAACCUGCGGGACUUCUCACGAGUGAUUCAAGGGGUCCUGCUGUGCCCUCACACACACCUGCAGGAUGUAGAAAAAUGUAUCCGACUUUGGAUCCAUGAGGUUUAUCGGGUCUUCUAUGACCGUCUGAUUGACAAGGAGGACAGAGAGGUCUUCUUCAACAUGGUGAAGGAAACCACCUCCAAUUGCUUCAAGCAGUCCAUAGAGAAGGUGCUUAUCCAUUUGUCACCCACUGGAAAGAUUGUCGAUGAUAACAUUCGAAGCCUCUUUUUUGGAGAUUAUUUCAAGCCAGAAAGUGAUAAAAAAAUCUACGAUGAGAUCACUGACCUGAAACAGCUGACUGUGGUCAUGGAGCACUAUCUGGAAGAAUUCAACAACAUCAGCAAGGCCCCCAUGUCCCUGGUCAUGUUCAGGUUUGCCAUUGAGCACAUCUCCAGGAUCUGCCGCGUCCUGAAGCAGGACAAAGGCCACCUGCUCCUGGUGGGCAUAGGGGGCAGUGGGCGGCAGAGUGCCACCAGACUGUCCACAUUCAUGAACACAUAUGAGCUAUACCAGAUCGAGAUCACCAAGAACUACACAGGCAAUGACUGGCGAGAAGACCUUAAGAAGAUCAUGCUGCAGGUUGGCGUGGCCACCAAAAGCACCGUGUUCCUCUUUGCCGACAAUCAGAUCAAGGACGAGUCAUUUGUGGAGGACAUCAACAUGCUUCUGAACACAGGCGAUGUGCCUAACAUCUUCCCUGCUGAUGAGAAGGCUGACAUCGUCGAGAAGAUGCAGACGGCAGCCAGGACCCAAGGAGAGAAGGUUGAAGCCACUCCUCUUUCUAUGUAUAACUUCUUUAUUGAGAGGGUGAGAAAGAACCUUCACAUUGUCCUUGCACAAAUACAGCAAGUGGGUCAAAGGGCUCCGGCCACUCUGGCUACACGACCCAAAGGAUGCAGAAGGAACAAUAGGGUGUAUAGGAGACCAGUUAGAAGCCCACACUUCCCAGGCAGUUAUUAUGAGCAUUCACAGUCACAUCCCUGGAGCGCCAAGAGGAUGCAUGCCCCUACUUACCCCACCAGAAUCCUUGGGAAUACCAGCCUGCCUCCUUGGGUCCACCUGCCUCAGAGGGAGGUAAUUAACAAAAUCUCCUUUUCAUUAGCCAUGAGUCCAAUUGGGGAUGCCUUCAGGAACCGCCUGCGGAUGUUCCCUUCGCUGAUCAAUUGCUGUACGAUUGAUUGGUUCCAGUCGUGGCCCAGGGAUGCCCUAGAGUUAGUGGCUAACAAAUUUCUAGAGGAUGUGGAGCUUGAUGACAACAUUCGGAUAGAGGUCGUCUCCAUGUGCAAAUAUUUCCAAGAGAGCGUCAAGAAGCUGUCACUUGAUUAUUACAACAAACUUCGAAGACACAACUAUGUUACCCCCACCUCCUACCUCGAAUUGAUUCUAACCUUCAAGACGCUCCUGAAUAGCAAGAGGCAAGAGGUGGCUAUGAUGAGGAACCGCUACCUGACAGGCUUGCAGAAACUCGACUUUGCAGCUUCACAGGUAGCGGUUAUGCAAAGAGAACUGACCGCUCUUCAACCUCAACUCAUCCUCACCUCUGAGGAAACUGCCAAGAUGAUGGUGAAAAUUGAAGCAGAGACGAGAGAAGCUGAUGCAAAGAAACUUCUGGUGCAGGCAGAUGAAAAAGAAGCCAAUGUUGCUGCUGCCAUUGCCCAAGGAAUCAAGAACGAAUGUGAGGGCGAUCUAGCUGAGGCAAUGCCUGCGCUCGAGGCUGCACUAGCUGCUCUGGACACCCUGAACCCGGCCGACAUCUCACUGGUGAAGUCGAUGCAGAACCCACCAGGCCCUGUCAAGCUGGUCAUGGAGAGCAUCUGCGUCAUGAAAGGGAUGAAGCCAGAGAGAAAGCCAGACCCCAGUGGCUCCGGUAAGAUGAUAGAAGACUACUGGGGAGUAUCCAAAAAGAUUCUUGGGGAUCUGAAAUUCUUGGAGAGUCUUAAGACGUAUGACAAAGACAACAUCCCCCCACUGACCAUGAAGCGGAUCCGGGAAAGGUUUAUCAAUCACCCGGAAUUCCAGCCGACUGUCAUUAAAAAUGUGUCUUCGGCCUGCGAGGGUCUGUGCAAGUGGGUGAGGGCCAUGGAGGUGUACGAUCGCGUGGCCAAGGUGGUGGCUCCCAAACGGGAGCGACUGAGGGAAGCAGAGGGGAAGCUGGAUGCACAGAUGCAGAAGCUGAAUCAGAAACGAGCAGAGCUGAAGCUGGUGGUAGACCGGCUCCAGGCCCUGAAUGACGACUUUGAGGAGAUGAACACCAAGAAAAAGAACUUGGAGGAAAACAUUGAAAUCUGCUCCCAAAAGCUAGUCAGGGCAGAGAAACUGAUCAGUGGUCUCGGGGGAGAGAAGGACAGAUGGACCGAAGCUGCCCGGCACCUGGGGAUCCGCUAUACUAAUCUGACGGGUGACGUGUUGCUGUCCUCAGGAACCGUGGCUUACCUGGGCGCUUUUACAGUGGAUUAUCGGAUCCAGUGCCAAAAUCAGUGGUUGGCUGAAUGUAAGGACAAGGUCAUCCCCGGCUCUAGUGACUUCAGUCUCAGCCAUACGUUAGGGGAUCCCAUAAAAAUCCGUGCCUGGCAGAUUGCUGGGCUUCCCGUUGACUCCUUCUCCAUCGACAACGGCAUCAUUGUGUCCAAUUCCAGACGCUGGGCCUUAAUGAUUGACCCUCAGGGGCAGGCCAAUAAAUGGAUUAAGAACAUGGAGAAGGCGAAUAAACUGGCUGUCAUCAAGUUAUCUGAUAGCAACUACAUGAGGAUGCUGGAAAAUGCGCUGCAGUUAGGCACCCCUGUCUUGAUUGAAAACAUUGGUGAAGAGCUGGAUGCUUCUAUCGAACCUAUCUUGCUCAAGGCAACAUUCAAACAGCAAGGAGUUGAGUACAUGAGACUGGGUGAAAACAUCAUCGAAUAUUCCAGGGAUUUUAAGUUAUACAUCACAACCCGUUUGAGGAAUCCACAUUACCUCCCAGAAGUUGCCGUGAAAGUCUGUCUCCUCAACUUCAUGAUCACCCCCUUGGGUCUCCAAGAUCAACUCCUUGGCAUCGUGGCUGCGAAGGAGAAGCCAGAGCUGGAAGAGAAAAAGAACCAGUUGAUUGUGGAAAGCGCAGAGAACAAGAAGCAUCUCAAAGAAAUUGAAGAUAAGAUCUUAGAGGUUCUCUCCAUGUCCAAGGGUAACAUUCUGGAGGAUGAAACUGCCAUCAAAGUUCUGUCCUCCUCCAAAGUGCUAUCUGAAGAGAUCUCGGAGAAACAGAAAGUUGCCUCCAUGACAGAAACGCAGAUUGACGAGACUCGGAUGGGCUAUAAGCCAGUGGCUGUGCAUUCCGCCACCAUCUUCUUUUGUAUCUCGGACCUGGCCAACAUCGAGCCGAUGUACCAGUACUCCCUGACUUGGUUCAUACAUCUCUACAUGCAUUCCCUGGCCCAUAGCACGAAGAGCGAAGAACUGAAUCUGCGCAUCGAGUACAUCAUUGACCAUUUCACCCUCAGUAUCUACAACAACGUGUGCCGUUCUCUGUUUGAGAAGGACAAGCUACUCUUCUCUCUCCUCCUGACCAUCGGCAUCAUGAAACAGAAGAAGGAAAUUACGGAGGAGGUGUGGUACUUCCUUCUCACUGGAGGCGUCGCGCUGGAUAACCCCUACCCCAACCCAGCUCCCCAAUGGCUGUCUGAGAAGUCGUGGGCGGAGAUUGUCCGUGCAUCUGCUUUACCCAAAUUGCACGGCCUGAAGGACCAUUUGGAACAGAACCUGGAUGAAUGGAAGCUGAUCUAUGACUCAGCCUGGCCCCACGAGGAGCAACUCCCUGGAUCUUGGAAGUUCUGUCAAGGACUGGAGAAGAUGGUGAUCCUCCGAUGUUUGCGGCCUGACAAAAUAGUGCCAGCGAUCCGGGAGUUCAUUGCUGAACACAUGGGAAAGCUGUACAUCGAAGCCCCUACCUUCGAUCUCCAGGGAUCCUACAAUGAUUCCAGCUGCUGUGCGCCUUUGAUUUUUGUGUUGUCUCCAAGUGCAGACCCAAUGGCAGGCCUGCUGAAGUUUGCUGACGACCUUGGUAUGGGAGGUACCAGAACACAGACCAUCUCCCUUGGCCAAGGCCAAGGCCCUAUUGCUGCCAGAAUGAUCAACAAUGCCGUCAAAGACGGGACCUGGGUGGUCUUACAGAACUGCCAUCUGGCCACAAGCUGGAUGCCUACACUGGAGAAGAUUUGUGAGGAGGUGAUUGUACCUGAGAGCACUAAUGCCAGAUUCAGACUCUGGCUAACCAGCUAUCCAUCAGAGAAGUUUCCGGUGAGCAUUCUCCAGAAUGGAAUCAAAAUGACCAAUGAGCCCCCCAAAGGGCUCCGGGCCAACCUUUUGCGCUCCUACCUCAAUGACCCCAUCUCAGAUCCUGUGUUCUUCCAAAGCUGUGCGAAGGCGGUGAUGUGGCAAAAGAUGUUAUUUGGCCUUUGUUUCUUCCACGCCAUUGUUCAAGAGAGGAGAAACUUCGGCCCCCUAGGGUGGAAUAUUCCCUAUGAAUUCAAUGAAUCUGACCUGAGGAUUAGUAUGUGGCAGAUCCAGAUGUUUCUCAAUGACUACAAGGAGGUACCCUUUGAUGCUCUGACCUACCUGACAGGGGAAUGUAAUUAUGGAGGCAGAGUGACUGAUGACAAAGACCGGCGUCUCCUGCUGUCACUUCUGUCCAUGUUCUACUGUAAGGAAAUUGAGGAGGACUAUUACUCCCUUGCUCCUGGAGACACUUACUACAUCCCUCCUCAUGGCUCCUACCAGUCCUAUAUCGACUAUCUCAGGAGCCUCCCCAUCACAGCCCACCCAGAAGUGUUUGGCCUCCAUGAGAAUGCAGACAUCACCAAAGACAACCAGGAAACCAACCAGCUGUUUGAGGGGGUCCUGCUGACCCUCCCUAGACAGUCAGGAGGAAGUGGCAAGUCCCCUCAGGAAGUGGUUGAGGAGUUGGCGCAAGACAUUCUCUCCAAGCUUCCGAAAGACUUCGACCUGGAAGAGGUCAUGAAGUUGUACCCCGUGGUCUAUGAGGAAUCCAUGAACACCGUCCUAAGGCAGGAGCUCAUCAGAUUCAACAGGAGUCAGUGGACUUGGGUAGAAUGUGGCCACUGGAGAGUCCAACGUAGCCAGCUCCUCUGUUCUUGCAGGCUGACCAAAGUGGUUCGGAGGAGCCUCAUCAAUCUUGGCCGAGCCAUCAAAGGACAGGUCCUGAUGUCCUCAGAGCUAGAGGAAGUCUUUAACAGCAUGCUUGUGGGUAAAGUGCCAGCCAUGUGGGCAGCCAAGUCUUACCCAUCACUGAAGCCUCUGGGGGGCUACGUGGCUGACCUGCUGGCCCGCCUGACCUUCUUCCAGUCUGUGGCUCUCCAGGAAUGGAUUGACAAGGGGCCCCCUGUGGUAUUUUGGAUCUCUGGAUUCUACUUCACACAGUCUUUUUUGACUGGCGUCUCUCAGAAUUAUGCCCGGAAAUAUACCAUCCCCAUUGACCACAUUGGAUUUGAGUUUGAGGUAACCACACAAGAAACAGUGAUGGAGGAUAACCCUGAAGAUGGGGCCUACAUCAAAGGGCUCUUCUUAGAAGGUGCCCGUUGGGACAGGAAAACGAUGCAGAUUGGGGAAUCUCUCCCCAAAAUCCUCUAUGACCCACUGCCCAUCAUUUGGCUGAAACCUGGGGAGAGUACAAUGUUUCUGCAUCAGGACGUUUAUGUGUGUCCAGUCUACAAAACAAGUGCCCGCAGAGGAACCCUCUCCACCACAGGUCACUCUACCAACUACGUCCUCUCCAUUGAGCUUCCAACAGACAGGCCCCAGAAGCACUGGAUAAACCGAGGGGUGGCCUCACUGUGCCAGCUGGAUAACUGAUGGCAUUGUCUCAAGACAGAAAAUAAAAAGCAUGUCUUUUUU